AUGACCAUACACAAGCACAACGUAUCAAGUACCCACCUAGGGCAACUUUCCUCCCUCUCAAGAUGUGCCAGUUUUGAAAGUCUGGGGAAGGUGGGCUGCAAUUCAUCCGUUACGGGUAGAUCUAGUGCUUCUUUAGAAUCGAUGCUGUCAUCUUUGGCAACCACACCGGAUUACUCACCAUAUUUAAUCGAUACAGAAGUUGGUGACUUACUAAAUGCUGAUGACCUGGAUCUUGUAGGCGCCGAUAUUAUUGACGAUGAUAAAGCUGAGGAGCUUGCACUGGAAACCGAGGAUGAUUACACACCUGACGAUAUACACGAUAUAGAGCGUGUUCCGACCAUGUACUUGAGCGAUGAAGAAAGUGAAGAGCACAACAGGCUAGAAAAAUGCAAAAGUAUGGCCAGCAUCGAGUCGAUCGAUGAGAUGUCAAGAUAUGACCCGAAAAAGUUCAACUAUCGAGAAAAGUGGUUUAUUUGCUUGAUAGGGCUUCCCGCAUGUGGAAAGUCCACUGUAGUCAAACAGCUUAUCAAUUUUGCGUUAAUGAAUACAAUGACCAAGGAUGACGCUGGGGUCAGGUUCCGCUCGUUUAAUGCUGGUGAUAUUAGAAGGAAAUACGAACAUGAAGAGAACACAAAGUUCAGUUUCAACAUGGAUAACGCAAAUGUUCAGGCUGUUCACGAAAAGUAUGCCUUCGAGGCAUUGCGGCAACUUACGGAUGGUCUUGUUAAUGAUACUAUUGACGUUGGAAUUUUGGAUGCUACCAACACAACUAAGGAUAGGCGUUCACGGGUAUUUAAAAAUGUUGAGAAAGUCUCCCGGGAGAGCGGGGUUAAGAUUAACAAGCUCAUCCUUGAAGUCAAGUGCAUCAACAAAUCGCUCAGGAGGUUUAACAUAGACAAAAAGGCUGAUAACCCGGAUUACAAGGGUACACCAAAGGAACAGGCCAUUUUAGACUUCCUCAAUAGGAUUGAGCGAUACGAAAAGGUUUACGAACGGGUUACAUUGGCAGAGAUUCGUCGCCUCCAUGCGAAAUAUUUUAGCAUUACGAACGCAGGAGAGUCCAUUUGUUACGAUUGCGGUUUUGCACAUCACGAUACAAGAUUUCAUCAGAACCUGACUUUCAAAAGUGCGGUCUUGAAUCUGAUAUAUGACUUCCUAAUUUCUUACAGAUGCUUCUUUGCUGCGCCAUAUCUAAAGAUGGUGGAUGACUUUUACACUAAAGGCUACUACAAGCCUAUAUUUAAGUCAUGCUUGAGGAUCAGCAGCCUGCAUGAAAGUACGACUUCGUCAACAACAGAAGCUGCUAAGACUGCCUUUGGGGAAACUAAGGAUAAGUUAAGACCUGUUCUUCUGCAGCACAGGACAAACUGA